UUUGCUAUGGGAUAAGAACAACUUCAUAUUGUCAUCAGAACUGUUUAGUUUGGAAGUAUUGCUGCAAAUCUUAAAAAAAAUUGUAAGAAAUUAGUAAAAGCAACGAUGUAAAUUUUGUAAACUGUGCAUAGAAGUACACCGGCUACAUAAUGGAUUCGAAAAAAGAUAUCUACAAUUUAUGGGUGCAGUAUACCACAAAGAAUGAAGAAAUAUAUUUCCGGCAAUUCGUUCAAGGGUUUGUCAGCAUCUGGCAGAACCAGCUUUCGCUUAACUUUGAUGAUGUUCCUAACUGGGCAACGAUUUCACCGGAUUCCGGGCCACACCUGAAUCGGUUACCGGAUGAGUUACUGCCCGCAAUAGAAAAAUUCUUGAUAAUAGCGAGGGAUAGGUUUGAGAAGGCUUUAAGUGAUAAAUCGAAAGAUGAGCAAGAAGCUGAGACACUGAUGGAAAUUAGAUUACUUGUUCAAUGUUUGACAAUAAUUAGCCGGCACUUUGACAACAUUAUAACAAUUAUAAAAUCCAGCUAUAUUUCAAGUUGCGUGGCAAUAUCGAAUUCUAUUAUUAAUAAGUUAAGUUCACAAACUAAUCUAAAAACCGCUCAGCAAGAGUUUAUCAAAAGUUUUAGUAACCUUCUUGAAGCGCUAUAUGAUCCGUACUUCACAUGGAGGAAUUUUCUUCGGGGUGAGAUAGCAGAUUACACAAAACUGAACUGCAAAAUUUCUCCCUUACACGCUGAGAUUGUGCCAUUUCUCUACGAUAGCUUCCAGUUGAAGAAUGUCUGUUACCACCCAGAGAUAGGAAAAAAUAUGUUUCAUAUAUUAGGUGCCGUGAUUUCGGGAUCGCAGGUUGCUUUAGCACCUGUAGUCGUCCAAAAUAUUAACUGUUACUAUCUUAACAAUCCAACCGGUGAAGGAAUAGAAAAUGUGCACAACGGAUUACGUGCCAUAAGCCCUGCAACAGUUACUAUAAUAAUGGACAUCAUUUCUAAAUGGGAGAGCGAUCCUGGUCUACGCAAAAUCGUACUUGAAUGCUUCACUAUGAUGGCUAUUAUAUUACAGAAAUCUAGUCCAGAACAGCGUCAAAUAGAUCUACUCACAAUCUUUCAACUAUUCGUAGGAGCCAUUCAAACGCUGUUAAAAACCGAGCACUUUUUACAAAAAAUGUCACCAGCGGAAAGUUUCGAUUUAGCGCAGAGUGAUAAUAAUUACAUUGAUGUAGGUGCUCUUAGUGCAAUCAUUGAAACUAUCGAACGAUUUUUACCAGAAUAUGUCAACAAACACGUGCUUUGCAAUGCUAUGUUCGAGGCAAAGUUCUUAUUUACGUUGGUUCAAAUACCAGAUUUUGUCAAGUCCUGGAAUAUUGAUCAACAGUUACUUGGUUCGACACUAGUAAGAAGCUUUCACAAACUUUGUAGCAGUUCUGACAAGAUGCAUUACAAUCUGAUGCACACUAAUAAUAUUAACAUUUUAUUCGAUGGUUUAAAGCAGUUUGGUCGUCCCUCGCAUGACUUAGUUUGCGAUUGCCUUUAUUUCGCUUUCGAUGGAGGUGAUAACCGUAAUUUGAAUGCUCGGAUAGUCAGUAAGUUGAUCGAGUGGAUAUCGGAAAUGAGUGAACCAGAGCAAAUCUAUACUAGUGAUGUGCUGCUGAAAAAGUGCACCGCAAAUUUACAAAGCAAACAUGCUGUUGGUGAGCAACGUACAAUCAAGCAAAUUGUUGUUUAUUGUCUUCAAAAUAAGCAUAGACUUGCCGCUAAAUGUUCUAUCAAUUUGUUGAAAUUAAUAGAGGAGCUCGCUAAACACAGCAUUCAUCCAUCAGAAUUAAAGAGUAUGCUUCGACUACUCAGAAUAGAAGAGAAUUUUGAAUACAGGAAACAUUUGUUAGAGGUUAUUCUGCGUGUUUCGCAAUAUCGGCUAUCGUUGGGUACAACCCCAGAAGAAUAUUUGGAUAUACAGAGCAAUACGAACGGUAUUACUAUUCCGGAAAUACGGAAAUGGGACACAGCUCACGGUUUUGUAUUCCAUGCUUGGAUUAGAUUGGACAAGGAUAUUGAACAUUUCAAUGACGACGAAAAUAUAAACUUACAAAACUAUCGACGACAUUUAUAUAGUUUGACCACCAAUUAUGGGACCGGAUAUGAAUUCUUUGUUCAAAAAAAUGGUAACUUUGUGGUCAGCGUAAUAACCAGGAAAGAAUUUUUCACGGCUACUGUGCAGUCAACACAUUUACUCGACGGUCGUUGGCACUCGAUUACCGUCGGUGUAAUCCCCCCAAAGAGAUUAUUCUCGUAUCAUCAGAUCAAUGUGUAUUUGGACGGGGUACAAAAAUUGGGAUCAACUAUGAAAUAUCCAGCGUUUGCUGAACUAUUUCACUACUGUGCCAUUGGUGCACCGUACAACAAUGUUCGCAAGUCAGCGCACACAUCGCACCAGUCGAAUGCAGCACGGAUGAAUGUACCUUCUCCAAGUUCAUCGCCGCCAAUGGAAAAAGAUGAAAAACCAAAGGGUGGGUUGUUCCCAAACUUAAUCGACCGAUCGUUCUUUCCUGGGCUAGUGUCGCAAGUGCCAAGUUAUUUCACACUUCCCGCACGACAAUCGCACUCAUCGCUCGAUCCGAGUGUAAAAUCAUACCCGAUUGGAAUGCAAGAUUUGGUGUUCGGAGAAGCAAUUUGUUUAAAGGGUCAGCUAGGAAGUGUUCUGUUGGCUGAAACAAAUGUGAAUUUGAGAAGUUUAUUUGAAGUUGGUCCCAGCAUUGCUAGUGUUUUGGCUAACGAUAUGAUAGAGUCAUUCGAUAUGGCAUCUAAAUUUGUGUUUUGUUUUUCACCGCGAGCAUGUUUUGACGGUUUGUGCUUAGAUUUGGCACCAGGAAAUCAGUACAAUGGUCAUGUGGUUGCUAGCACUUCACGUAUUUUAUCAGUGCAGCAGGCGAUCAACGGAGUUGGAGGCAUGAUGUCGUUGCUCCCUAUUUUGGAUUCUAUUAGCCAUCUACCAGCCUCAGAUGUGCUUACAUCAGAUGAGCUAAUUCCUCUAACUCCAGUAGCUUCUCCUAUCUGUGACGAAUAUUUCGGAGACUGGGAAAUGUUACAAACUAAUUCACUAACAGAGUCAAAAAUUGUCCAAAAUCCAAUUGCUUGUUUCAUAUGCCUAAUAAGAAAUUUUAUCCACGGAAAUGACUUAAACAAAGAAAACAUUCUUAAAAACGAAGCCAUUGCCAUUAUUAGCCAACUGUUGCAGAACUGCAAUGAGAAUUUGUUCGAUGUGAAUGUUCUGAUGGCAAUACAGCUUUUAGUCGAGUCAGUUCAAAAUGAAAUGCCAUCUGCAAAUAUGGAACUGUUGCAUGUUUUGUAUAAAGAUUUAGUUUUUAAUUUUCGCAUAUGGAUCAGAGCACAGUUUCAAAUCGUCAUAGGGCAUGUUCAGUACAUUAGUACAAUUAUAAAGGACGACAGAAAGUAUUUUCGGAAACAUUUCGGGACACAAUUCAUUUUGGAUGUUAUACAGGAGUUUUUUGGUUCCACGUGUACCCUUCCUUCACAAGAUGCGAAAAUGGUGCGUGAUUCAUUACUAAGGAUUCUCCGCUACUACUAUCAGAAGGAGGUCAAUAUAAAAGAGAUUUCUGCUCUGCUCACUUUUCUGACCGCAGUGAAAGUGGAAGCGGUUGUAGUGGAAAUCCUUGAAAUGUUAACAUCGCUCAUCGACAGCAAGCACGCAAAAGAUCAAAUUUUUCUGUUAAUGUACGAACCGCACAUGGCGGAAGCGCUGUAUACUCUUUUCAUAGACCGUAAUUUUGGAUUGAAUGUGCACUCGCGUUUGCUGAAAUUUAUUGGAAGCAUGUUAAACACAAAGCGAAUUUCCAGCAAACACAAAGCAGCGCUCCGACUGUAUGACGGUUCUAUAGAAUGCAACAGUCUGUAUCCUGGACUGUUCUCGUUCAUGAUACCAUUCGACUUGCAGCCAGAGGUUAUAUUGAAUUUACUGGAUCUGAAUCUUUGUCUGGAUACCGAAAUGGGCUACGCAGGAGCGCUUUGUUUAAUUUAUCACACUAACCUAGCGAGCUUAUCGCUGAAACUAGAAAUCGCAAAACGUAUGAUGACACAUACGUUUACUAAAUCAAAAUCACCACAAAUGAUUGCUAGACAAGUGGGUUGGCAAGAAUCUAUUGCGCGAUUGCUCAUAAAAAAACCAGUGGAAAAUCGAUCAUUAUCGGAGAAAGAAAAGGAAAAAGGACAAAUAUUGACCAACAUCGAAGAGUUUGUGGAACGAGAAAGUGAAUCCUCUGCUGGCGGAGGGGCCAAUGAUUUAAUCAUCUUUGAUGACGAAACAAUGGAGUUAAAGGAUGUUGACAUUUCAAAGGCUAAUUCAUUCAUGACGGAAGCAGCAACUGCGAUUGAACACGAGAUUAAAGAACUUGCAGAUACCGUACAGGAAGCGGUAAAAGAUAAUAUAACAUCUUCCAUUACGUCAGUAUACUCCGCAAUCCGACAGAAAACCUCGGAUAUUCAAGAUACUUUGGAGUCUUUGACCCUAAGCUUCGAAGAAGCAUCGAGCAGAAAGAAAAGUUCGCUUUCAAUUUCAAGCAGCAGCGAAGAAAAUAUUUCUCUCGACGAUUCGUUGGUUGUGUCAACAAGGGAUGAUACUCGUUCAACAAGAAGUGCAGAUGAUAUCGAUAGUGUAGUUACCGGAAUAGGGGACCCGGCUCUGAAGUACACGGAUGAUGGCGAUGAAGAAAACUUAGUGUAUUUAGUUUCUAACAUUUUGUUCACCAUUCUUUGGCGUGGCGUUGAAAAUACUGGAGAUUCGUGGAAAGAAAGGGGUCAAGUGAUGGCGUGCAUAAAUCUGAUAGCACUGAACAAUGAAUUAUACUGUUCCCAUUUAAGUUUAAGAUUACGCAUUUUAGAAAUGGGUGUACAAGCUGCGCUUAUCGAUUUAAGUGAAAAUGCGCAGCUAGCAGUUACACAUCAACAAAAUGCAGCUCAGCUUUUACGACUAGCGUAUGAUUUGGUAGUACUUGAUCCAAAUGAAGACGAUACAAAAAAGUGUUCGACGAAGUUAUUAGAUGGAGUGUUAUCUUUGUUGGAUAUUCUUAUGGUGUUUCAGCAGAGUAGCUCAGAUGACUGGGCGGAAAUGUCGCAUUUGUGUUUAGGUUUACUGUUGAAGUGUUCUAAUAAUCCCAAUUCAAGCCUUGUUGCGAUGGCCACUGCAAAACUGCAUGCACUUUUACAAAAUCGUGUGAAUCAAGAUCCAGCGGAAGUAGGAUUUCUCCUGUAUAGCCUAAACCAGUCAAUUAGUAGUGCGAUAGAUGUUGGUAAUUCAGAACAAUAUUCGUUUCUUAUACCUGUGUUAAAAGCAUUGCUCGAAAAGUCACGCCUUAUAAUUGGAUUAACAGCUGGAGCUCCGGACUUACCUUCGACAUCCUCGGGACCGGUCUUCUUUCAAGACUUUCAGGUGUACUGUACCAGCAAGCAGUGGAGCGGCUUUAUUGACAAAAAGAUAAAGCCUUUGUACGUUUCCUACCAGAAAGACCUAUCCAAUACGCUCUGGGAGCCGCUGAAUACAUUUUGGGCUGAGUGCUACGAGUCGUGUAAAUUUUCAUCUCAGCGUCGUGCGAAGCUCCAAAUGGAAAGUCGUCGAAAGUUUCAGGAGAAAAUAUUGAUCCCUUGUCGUGUAAGGCAAUCGGAGGAGCUUGCACGAGUCAAUGUGCAGCAGACGCAGCGAAAAGCCAGAGAUGCACUCAUCGAUCGACGGUGGAGCACAGUGAAGCGUUUUCUUUACGGAUCAAAAGGAGCGUGGACCAAACUCUCCGAAGAUGAAGAGUUUUGGCGCCUCUCGCACCAUGAAAACAUUUCACGCAUGCGACUGAAGCUAGAGCCCGAUUUAAACCAUGAUCCUCAUGUGGCCGCAUCCAACAUGCGAGAUAAUACAACAAUUUCAUCUCAAAGUCGACGACUUUCAACUGAACUAGGUUCCACCAUUGCUCCGGCGGCACUCGGUGGUGAAAACGUCGAUGAGGAUAUCUUUCUUUUGGAAGAAGAAAUGCGUAGCAGUUUGGAGCCACAAGUACCGGAAACAUCUGGCAAAGAAAAAAUCGUUAUUUCUCAGGAAUGUGAACUAAUAACCCUGAUGACAAGGGUCAAAGGAAGGCUCGAUUUAACGACAAAUCACAUCGUUUUCUCUGAGAUCGGGGUCAUUCGAGACGAUGGACACAGGCACGAUUUCAAAUUUUCCAUCUCGCAGCUUAGGGAACUUCACCUGAGGAAAUUUAACUUACGUCGUAGUGCUUUGGAGAUGUUUCUUGUUGAUCAGACAAGCUACUUCCUGAAUUUUACUACUAAAACCAGGAAUAAAAUUUUCACAAAGAUUCUAAGCUUACAACCACCGAAUAUAUUAUACGGAUCUGGACGAUCACCUGCAGAAUUACUGCGGUCAUCAGGACUGACUCAAAAAUGGAUUAAUCGUGAAGUGUCCAAUUUUGAAUAUUUGAUGCACCUCAAUACGAUCGCAGGACGGUCAUAUAAUGACCUAAGCCAGUACCCAGUAUUUCCGUGGAUAUUAGCGGAUUACACUAGUGACAUUCUAGACCUCAAUGAUCCGAAAUCUUUCAGGGAUCUUAGUAAACCGAUAGGUGUAGUAAACCCAAAGAAUGAAGCAGAAGUACGAAAUAAGUAUGAAAGCUUCGAAGACCCUUCCGGAAUGAUACCAAAGUUUCACUUCGGCACCCACUAUUCAAACUCAGCGGGUGUCUUGCAUUACCUCAUUCGCGUAGAACCCUUUACUUCAUUACACAUCGAGUUGCAAAGUGGCCGUUUCGAUGUAGCCGAUAGACAAUUCCAUUCCAUUCCACAAACGUGGAAGCUGUUAAUGGAUAAUCCAAACGACGUUAAGGAACUUAUUCCGGAGUUUUUCUAUUUCCCCGAGUUUUUGAAAAAUUUAAAUAAACUCGAUCUUGGAGUAUUGCAAACAACUAAAGAGAGAGUAAACGAUGUAGUGCUUCCAACCUGGGCUAAAUCAGCCGAAGAUUUCAUUGCAAUUCACAGAAGAGCUUUAGAAUCAGAAUAUGUGUCACAAAAUCUGCAUCAUUGGAUUGACCUUAUUUUUGGUUGCAAACAGAAAGGACCGAAAGCCGUGGAGGCUCUCAAUGUGUUCUAUUACUGUUCAUACGAGGGAGCAGUAGAUCUCGACAAAAUUACUAACUCUGUCGAGCGAGAAGCCGUAGAAGGUAUGAUCAAUAAUUUUGGUCAAACCCCGUCACAACUACUGAGAGAGCCGCACCCAAGGCGUUUGUCACAAGAGGAGUUGGUAAUGAAAUUACUCAAACUGGAACUGAAGAAACCCGAUCUGACCCUAAUUCUCGAUCGCGUAAAUUGCAUCAACUGUGAGUUAUCGACAGACAAAGAUCCAGUUGUUUACCUAAGUACACCACGUAGUCCACCAAGGUCGUUUCUACAAACCAGUCCGGAUAUGCUGAUAUCGGUAACUAAGAGCGGAAUUCUCGGCUGUCACAGUUGGAUGUCGUUCGAUAAAGAGAAAGGAUUUCUUCUCGAAAUCGAUGCCACUACCUACAACCUUAAGAACCGCAAGAAACUAGUUGGCCCAUUCCAUCCUUCGAUCAAUUUGAAUUCAAAUCUAUUUGCCGUCAGUAUCGAUGGAAAAUAUUUGUAUGCUGGCGGCAUAUGGGACAAUUCAGUUCGAAUAUUUAACAUGACUAGGGGAAAGGUGGUUGCCUCCGCCAUCCAUCAUUUUGAUGUGGUAACGUGCGUGGCACUCGACAGUUGUGGUUCGUAUUUGGUGACCGGUUCGAAAGAUGGUGCCUGUGUUAUCUGGUUGAUUAGCAAUGGUAACACGGCUGGACCAACCAACGCAUCUAAUCUACAACCGAACACAGCGGCAUUAAACCAGAACCUAGCGGGAAAUGUAGUUGGUAGUGCUAACGUGGUGCAUCUUACCAACAAUCUUACGCCCAAGCCAGUGCAUACGUUAUACGGACAUGAUGGCGCCGUUUCGUGUGUAUCCAUCAUGACCGAGCUGGACCUUGUAGUUUCUGGUUCGUUGGACGGCACAGUGAAUGUACACACAAUAAAAGAAGGUCAAUUCAUAAGGACAAUCACCCCUGUCGGGUGUACGGGCGCCAAUAUAGAAAUCUCUUUCAUUACACUUUCCUAUCAAGGUCACAUAGCAUUUUCGGCAUUGGAUGACACUUCGCAUUCAGUCCAUGUGUUCAGUAUUAAUGGUGCUAACCUAGGUUCGAAAUACGUUUCUGGUCGGGUCACAGGAUUGACGACAGCCGCUGACAACCUCGUUGUAUCUGAUGACGCCGGUGAUCUGACUAUGAGUCGUUUGUAUGGGUUGAAACCCAUAUUCGACAUUCCGUUGCAUGUCCCAACACAAACAAUCGUUACAACCGGUGGUAACACGCAUAUACUAGCGCCUCUUCGUGACGGAAAUCUGGCUGUGGUUGGUAUCAUGCAACCAAUUGCUUACAAGAAGCACACCGUACUGAAUGUGUAAUUCAACGUUGUGGAAUUACACAAGAAUCACGUCAAUUGCAGUAUUUUUAUUUCUUUAACUGAAAAUUUGGAGCAGAAAUUUUAACUUUUUAUUACUAGAACAAAGCCGAGUGGCGGAUAAAAAUUGAGAAAUAUUCCAGUAUACCCUCCACAAAGUAUGAUUUGUGAAGACGCUAUUUAACCUCAUUAUCCAUUAUAGUGAUUUCAAAUGCAUUGAGUAAUAAUUUAUUAACAGCUUGCUUCCAAUAUCGCAGUAGUGUAUUCAUAUUCAAUAUUCAAAGUAGGCAGUCGAAUCUAAGCAAAACGUUGAUGUCAUGAAGUAGGUGUUUUUAGAAGAACUGUUGUUUGUAAUAUAUGUUGUUAUUGUAUGAACUAUUAGGCAAACAAUAUUAAACACUAACGCAUAUAAUGGAACUUUUGUUAUUGCUCACAUGCUUUUGAUCAAUAGGAAAUAGGGCAAUAAUGUGCUUUCAAUGGAGGCGCCUAGCCCUUGAUGAAACGGUGUAGAAAAUCGGAAAUGAGCUCAUCUCAUCCAUUAGAUAACUGGCAUAUUUGUUUAGAUUUGUUAUUUUUACGAAUAUUUUUUUUUUUCGCUUUAAAAAAUACUUAAGUUUUUAUCAUUGGUUCAAACAGUAGCAUUUAUAUUAUCAAACACACAACAAAAAUUUAUCACGCAAUUCUAGACAUUAUAAAACUAAUGUAGGGUUAUAUUUCCUCUAGCUAUUCUAACUUAAAAGUUAAACUGAACCUGUUUUCUUCUGUAAUAGGAGCCUAUAUCUGGUCAAUUCGUGAUGACUUUGUUGCCAUUGGCCUCAAGAAGCAUUGCAAUCGAGAAUCCGUCUUUAUUUUUCAAAUUAAUGUUUGUAGAUGCUUGUAGGAGAUAUUUGCUAACCUCAAAGUGCCCUUUAAUAACAGCAAGAUGUAACGGAGUGUUCCCAUUCCGAUCAACGCAGUCGACAUCACAUCGCAAAUCUUCAACAAGCAGUUUAGUCAUUUCGAGCAAUCCCUUUUCAGCAACUAUAUGCAAAACUGUCUCAUCAUCAUAAUUGGAAUUUCUGAAAGCUUUGAGUAAAUCAUUACUGGCACCGUAUUUGAGAAGCAUUCGGUAGAUCUCAAUAUGUCCUUUGCAUGCUGCUCUCAUCAAUGGUGUGGUGCCAUCGUUAUCGGUGAAGUCAACCUUCGCCCCGGCAUUUAUCAACCAGUCUACCAUUGUCAAAUGAUUGCAACUAGCAGCGUAAUGUAAUGGAGUCAUUCCAUGCAAAUCUGUACAGUUCAUAUUUAGAAAAAGUCUGAUUGAGGGCAAAAGCUUCACGAAGCCCUUUUCGGCUAUAAAAUGUAAAACGGUGGUACUAUUUUUGUUUUUAUAACGGUAGCUUCGAACUUAACUAGCAUCUGCACCAAAAUGCAAAAUCAACUGAACCAUUUCAACGUUGCCAUUUUCGAUUGCAAAUAGAAGUGGCGUUUGUUGCUCCUGGUCAUGAUGAUUCACGUCAGCACCAUGGUCCAGGAGAAUUUCCACCGUGCGUAAACUGUUGCUCAUAGCCGCGUAACAAAGAGGAGUUCUAUGUGAGUCAUCUAGUUCAUCAACUAGAACACCUGAGUAGCGGAGAAGUAAGUUGGUUAUUUGAUGUUCAUUUCUCAAGGCUGCAACAUGUAGGUAACUCAUGCCCCUUGGCAUAUCCUUACAUUGUAUCACAGACUUGUCGGUGGUGCAAAUAAGGAACAAAUGCAAAAGAUCGUGGCUGCUCUCCAAAAUAGCCCUUUCAAUGAUUACGCUUGGAUAUAACACAUUAAUUAUGUCGACUAUUUCUUGAUUACCAGCAAUAAACUCGCGACGUUUGUCAAUCAACCAUCUACUAUAAAGGCUGAGAGACUGAGAAGAUUCGAACUGUACAAUGGUUUUCAAAAUGUUUAUCAAAUGGGAUUCAUCUAGAUGAGCUUCCAAUGAGUUGAGUAUUUUUUCAAACAUUGUAACAUCAGAUCUUUGAACAACAAUGCCUAUUGGGCUUAUCCCGUAAUUAUCGCGUUGAAAGAAAGUGUGUAUGUCAACAUAAAAAUAUUCGAUAAUACUUAGAAUGUUUUGACUAACUGCAUGGUGAAGUAUGGUCCUACCAUCUGCAUCAAUAACGCGAUCGUUUAGUUUAAGUUUAGUCAGCAUUCUUAUUAACAAUGUACAGAAUCCUUUUUCAAGUACAAUAUGUAUCAAAGGAUUGUUCGAUUGUUGAGAUCGAAAAGCUUCUACAGGUUCAAUGUUUUCUGUCUUAUCUAAAAGCAAUUCAGCUACUUCUACGUGUCCAGCUAAUGUUGCAGAUAUGAGGGGAGUUUCUUGCAUACUGUCAAUUGUGUCAACCACUGCGCCAUGUGAAAGCAGAAUAAUAAUAGAAUCAUACGACCCUAAUCUAGCAGCAUAAUGUAAUGGUGUCAUAUAAUUAUUGUCUAACACAUUGACAUUUAUACCGAUUCUGUGCACCAAUAGAUCGAUCAAUUCAUUGUUCCUACAGAUUGCAGUAUGGAGUAGAGAUUCUUUGCUAUUCGUGUUCAAUCGGAACUCCCUUGGGUUGGCUAGUUCAACACCGUGAGCUAUAAGCAACUCAGCGGCUUCUUUGUGGCAACUGAUGCAAGCGCGUGUCAAGCUCGUGGUUAAUUCAAGAUCAACAAAGUUGGGAUCUGCCCCAUUUGCCAGCAGUAGCUUAAUGCAUUCCAAUUGGCCAUGCAGAGCUGCUGUUUGGAGAGCUGUAGUCUGGUCUACGUCGCCCACGUCAAUAGGGAAAAUGUUUAAUUGAAGCAAAAGACUAAGCGUAGAGUCAAAUCCCUUCUGGGUUACCACGUGCAGUAAUGUUUCCUGAUCUCUCGUUUGCAUGCGAUAACUGGAUAUCCUUUCAGUAGACGCACCCUUGGAAAUCAAAAAUUCGGCAAUUGACUGAUUACCAUUGAUGAUACUAGCGAUAACUGGUGUUAUCUGCUGAUGAUCCUCUAAAUCAAUGGUGGCCCCUAGGUGCAAUAAUAAUUUAACAGCUUCCAAGCUAUUCGACUCACAGCUAUAAUGCAAUAGGGACUGUCCGUUCGAAUCUUGUGUAUCAGGUGAAAGGUUGUUUUGAGCUAAUAUUUUUUCGACUUCAGUACAGUUUUUGUUAUCGAUUGCUGUACGAAGGAGUGCAAACUUAUUUGUAUUGGAUGUAUCUCCAAUGACAGUUUUCACAAUUUCAACCAAAUGAUCAUUAGCCAAGUUGCAUUCCUGUUGCAAAAAUUUGACCAGAGCUGAAUUUGAGCAGUCAAUUAGAGAUUGUUUCUCAUUGAACGUUUGCAAUAUUUUGAUUGACGACCCGUGAGUUUUCAACCGCUUCGCUAUUUUCAAAUGACCCAUCUCGAGAGCACUAACCAGUGCAGAUCUGCCGUCAUUGUCCAAUAUAUCAAACGGAAAGAUCGUUUUGAUUAGGUACUCGAUAAUGUUCGAUCGAUUAUUAGCAGCGGCAUAGUGUGCCAGGUUUUUUCCAGUGUCAUCCGGAACAGUUCGCUCGAAAAUAUUUCGACUUAAUAAAAGCUUAACUGUAUCCAGCUUUCCAUCCAUAGAAACACGAUGCAAUAGACACAUGCCCUGGUUUGUUCGGUACCGAUAAUUGGCAAUAGCGCUCAGCGAAGCUUUUCGAAUGAUUAGGUAUUCCGCAACCUUCGUAUUCCCGUGCUCUAUGGCUACUACAAGCGGAGUUUUAUCGUCUUCAUUCACGGCAUCUAUUCGAGAUCCGUGUCUGAUCAGCAAUGCUACCAUUUGAACCGUGCCAUAAGCGGACGCCAAAUGUAGAGCAGUCAUCCCGCUCUCAUGAACUGCGUUGACGUCGAAAUCAACAGAACACAACAACAGUUCGCACAUUGCGAUAUUAUUUUUGAAAGCACAAACUUGUAGAAUAUUGUAGCCCGCUGUUUGGUAAUUCUUUAUAAGCUUCGCACUUUGCUCGUUUUGGCUUAGAAAUAGUUUUAAAGCAUCAAUUUGAUUUGUGUUAACCACCAGCGUUAAAGGAUGGUUUUUGUCCUUCACAUUAUAAAAAGGAGAUCCAGCAUCCAUUAAAAAUUUAAGCUUCGAUAGGGCUCUGUUUUGAACCGCAUAGAAAAUGGCUCUAUUUCCAUGCAGGUCCAACUGAUCUACGUCGAUGUUGAAUUCAUUCAAAAGAGUUCGCAACAUUGAAAGACUACCGUUUACCGUUGCAUGGUGAAGUAUCCGUUUCCCGUCGCUACCCACAAAUGAACUGAAUUCGAUGACUGUCAUUGGAAGUGCUUUUAUCAAACGAAAAAUGUCAUCAUCAAGAUCGAGUAAAGCGAUCCGUAUUAGAGAGCUGCAAUCUUGGUUCGAAAUAUCCCAACAAGGAAGUCCUAAGAGAUAUUCCACAACUGCAGAACGUUUUCCACGAAUGGCAGAAUGCAGUACGGUGUCUCCUUGCUCUGUUUGCUUAGCCGAAUCAAAUUCAUGUUUUUCGAUAAAUAAUUUCAAAACUUCUACAUGCCCGAAAUAUGCCGCUGCAUGAAGAGCGGUGCCUUCUUCGAAUAUUGUGUGUGUGAAGUUCUGGCUAUAUUGUGCAUCGGCUCCGAGGGAUAACAGAGCUUUGACAAUUUUAACGUAUCCGCAAUAAAUUGCAAUAACCAAAGGAGUGAGACCUCGUUGGUCUCGAACAUCAGGGAGAGUGUUGUUUUCCAAGAGAAACUCUGCUAUUUUUAUGUGACCAUGAAAGAUCGCUAGUAUAAUCGGAUACGAUAUGAUGUAUUGAUCUUGCAAUUGUUUUACUGCGGUGCUUCCGUGUAAAGUCCAAUAGGUAUACAAUACGUCACAGUUUGCCACCGUUUCUUGAUCAAAAUCGGCUCCCGCUUUAAGAAGCAUUUUUACUACCUCCGGUUUUCCCAAUGAAACCGCCAAUCCUAGUGGCGUUAUACCAAUCAAAUCCGGUUGAUUUACAUUGCAACCGCGGGCUAGCAAAGAGUACAUCAGAUCCUUGUCAUUCGCUUUAACGGCACCGUUUAGCAGCAAUGCUUUAUCAACCGUUGACAUUCGAUGAAAAGUGGCGUCGAUUGCAAAUUGCACAAAACUGUGACUCUUCAACAGAUUCGCAUUUACAAUCAUCAAACUAUCGAUCUGAACAGUAAUCUCUGGCUUUAAGUGACACAUUUUGUGCAGCAAUUUCAACAAUCGCGUAUCGUGUACUUUUAUAUCCAGAUUCGUAAUCGUACAGGUGUAUCCCUGCUUGAAGAACAUCCAAGCUAAUCUAAACUUUGCUUUCUUUAACAAAUACUCGACCGUGGUUGCGCGAUGAAUUGGAUUGAUAAGGUUGCGUCUUAAAAACAAGGUUACGAUCAAUCGAUAGUUUCUCUCGAUGGCACAAACUAACGCAGAAUUUUCAGCUGGCAAAUUGCAGUCAGCACCGUAUCGAAGCAGCUGCUGUACGGUUCGAAAGCUAUUACUAGAACAGGCACUUGCUAAGGCAGUUUUGCCGUCUUCGGACACAGCAUUUACAAGGCCAGAAUCAAAGGCUAAGAUUGCAUCUACCGCUUCGACAUUGUUAUUCGACGAAGCCACCAAAAGUGCGUCCAAUAUUAGUUUGGAAGACUUCGCGAAGGUAGCAAGUUUUCCUAACAGAUGGUGGUGGUUUGUGUAACUGGCCUGUCGUAUCAAUUCACCCAACAUGGUCUGAUCUUUAGAAAGCUCGACUUCAGAAGGUAGCAUCAUUUUUAACAAAUCAUCUUUCCGCAUCCUUACAGCAUAAACUAUUGCUGAUUUGAGUGGAGUAUGGACUUUCGCACCAAAAUUCAACAAUAUCUGCACGCACUCCUGACAGCCGGCGGCUACUGCUAAAUAGAGUGGCGCUUCCUGGGCCGAGUUUGUGAGUUCUAUCAUUUCCGGGCUUAGUUCACAUAAUAUUUGUGCUACGGCGGGUAGUUUACGAAUCACAGCUUGGGUCAGAGGGGUAUGAUCCCAUCUUUGAGAAUCCGCCUUGCAGAAGUCGUAUAAACGUGGGUUGUUGAUAAUCGAGAGAGCGGAUUGUUGAUUCUGGAAAACCAAUGCCAUGUUCAGACUAUCUGCUGUAUAAACACCCCCAAAACGAUGAUCCAAUUCGUUUUCCAACUCAAAGUGGUGGUAUUUCAAAGCCAGGUAGAAAGUUGCAUUCUGACGGAGAGUUUCACUGCUGAAUAAUUGUCUGACGGUAAAUUCAUCAUCGUCAUAGAAGUUAUGCACUUGAUUUGGGCAGAUUUCAAGGAGAACUUCGAAGAAAGAUAUCAAUUUGGUGGGAAAUUGCAGAAGAAAUCGGAUAAUCUCUACAGAAUGUAGGUGGAAUGUUGAUAUCAGGAGACUGUGUUUAUCGAGUGUCCUAGCACCGAUUUCACAACACUUUGUAAUGAGAUCAAACUUUGCUUGUGUAACAAGCUCAAACAAGCUCACUUUUUGACUGAUCGAUGAAUGUUUCCACAGCUCGAUUUCGGAAAUUAAUUCUUGUACGUUCUCGCUGGGAGUGGGGGUCAUCCUAUCAUACAGUACUUUAUCAUCAAAAUGUCGACUCAAACAAAUAGCAUUCAAAAUUACUGUUCUAUGGGGGUUUUUGUUACGGCAUAGCGUUUCAUAUACAAGCGAGUCAUGAGCUAAAUAGUUCCGGAGAUUGCGCCCCGUGAUAACUGAACGAAAAAACGAUAAUGACGAUCUGUUGUCCGGAAUUUUACAUUGCGAGGAUAAAAUUUCCAGAACUUCAAGAAGGAUAAUUUCUAAUGCUAAAUUUUCUGGAGAAUCUAUUUGGUAUCGUUCAAAAGCUUCUAGCAUGGAAAUCAACUGCAGUGGUUCCGCAUCCAUUGGAAUAUCAAUUAUGUUAUUCAAAUCUUUCAACAACUCACUUAGCAUAGCUCGACAUUCAACCAUAUCAUCUUGUCUACAGCGCAAAGCCUUUUGAUUAUCAUAAUCAUACUUAUUGCGCUUACAAAACGCUUUCAAAACGCGAUAUUUAUCGUCCAGUGCAAAUAAGUUGCCAUAAUAUUUACUUAAUAAUUUGUUGAGCUCCUUAAAUUGGUCGCUGGACGUCAACUCUAGUUGCAAUGCCUCAACUAUGGCCUGUGUGGUUUCUAAGUUAUUGCCUUGGCCGUUACCUAAAACUAGCUCAUGGUAUGCAUCUAUUCCAGGAGCCGAUGCAAUCUUCAUUAAAUUUUGUAUAAUAUUGAUCCUUUUCAUAGAUUCUUCAGUCGGUAAAUGUACCUCGAGCUCAAGCAACUUGUUUAGCAAAUGGUUGAAUGUAUGCAAUAUUAAUAUUUUGACACCAUAUCCGCUGAAUUUUGGGUUAUCGUUGCGAUUAUUUAAAAUAUAUUUUGCAUAGUUUUUUUGAUAGGCUAAGUUAUCAUUCAUUAUUAAAUAUCCAAUGCUUGAUGUUGCUAGCUCAGUCAUGAAAUCAACUGUACUACGCUCUACAAAUUUAAUAUAAUUCUGUAGUAUUGUUCUAAUGUUGUCAAUUACGGACAGGUUUUCCUUGUGAUCAUUCCGGUCAUAGUAUUGUUCCAGUUGUGUCAGCAAGUUAUUAAUACCAGUGACAUCAGUAGUUUCAAGAUCGUAAUCUAUUUUAAAUUCAUAAUGAAUCUGACAAGCUUUUGCUAGGGACUGUACCUGUUCAGCAGUGUUGAGCUGAAGAAUUUGACCAAGAAAAGUGUUAAGAAAUUUUUCAAUCUCGCCCACA